GGAGCCUAUAAAUCCAUUCAUCCAUGCAAAAAGAGUGCGCAGCGUGGGUCCACCUGAUCUGUUCCCUACAGCGCCGGGGCGCCGGCUCGCGGCCAGCCAUGGCGAUCGAAGAUGAGGAGCGGCCGCUGCGCAUCCUCUUCUUCCCGUUCCUGGCGCCGGGGCACCUCAUCCCGGCCGCCGACAUGGCCGCGCUCUUCGCCGCCCGCGGCGUCAGGUGCACCAUCCUCACCACCCCCGGGAACGCCGCGGUCAUCCGCUCGGCGGUGGACCGCGCCAACGACGCCUCCCGCGGCGCCGAGAGCGCCCUGGCCAUCGACAUCGCCGUCGUGCCCUUCCCGGACGUCGGGCUGCCCCCCGGCGUCGAGUCCGGGCCGGCCCUCAACUCCGAGGCCGACCGCGACAAGUUCUUCCAGGCGAUCCAGCUGCUUCGGGAGCCCUUCGACCGGUUCCUGGCGGAGAACCGCACCGACGCCGUCGUGUCCGACAGCUUCUUCGACUGGUCCGUGGACGCCGCGGCGGAGCACGGCGUCCCGCGGCUGGGGUUCCUCGGCACCAGCUUGUUCGCGCGGGCCUGCAGCGACUGCACGGUGCGCCACAACCCCGUGGAGGCCGCCCCCGAGGACCCCGAAGCGCCCGUGCUGCUCCCGGGGCUGCCGCACCGCGUCGAGAUGAGGCGCAGCCAGAUGAUGGAGCCCAAGAAGAUGCCGGACCGCUGGGCCUUCCUCCAGCGCGUGAACGCCGCGGACCAGAGGAGCUACGGCGAGGUGUUCAACAGCUUCCAUGAGCUGGAGCCGGACUACCUGGAGCACUACACCACGACGCUCGGCCGCCGCGCGUGGCUCGUCGGGCCGGUCGCGUUCGCCAGCAAGGACGUGGCGACGAGGGGCACCGACGACGCGCUCUCGCCCGACGCGGACGGCUGCCUGCGGUGGCUCGACACGAAGCCGGCCGGCUCGGUGGCGUACGUGUCUUUCGGCACGCUGUCCCGUUUCUCGCCGCCCGAGCUGCGCGAGCUCGCGCGCGGCCUCGACCUGUCCGGCAAGAACUUCGUCUGGGUCGUCGGCGGCGCGGACACCGAGGAGUCGGAAUGGAUGCCCGACAGGUUCGCGGAGCUGCUGGCGCGCGGCGAGCGUGGGCUCGUCAUCCGGGGCUGGGCGCCGCAGAUGCUGAUCCUGAACCACGCCGCCGUGGGCGGCUUCGUGACGCACUGCGGGUGGAACUCGACGCUGGAGGCCGUGAGCGCCGGCGUGCCGAUGGUGACGUGGCCGCGGUACGCCGACCAGUUCUACAACGAGAAGCUGGUCGUGGAGCUGCUCAAGGUCGGGGUCGGGGUCGGGUCCACGGACUACGCAUCGAAGUUGGAGGCCCGGCGCGUGAUCGGCGGCGAUGUGGUCGCCGAGGCCAUCGGGAGGGUGAUGGGCGACGGCGAGGAGGCGGAGGCGAUAAGGGAGAGGGCCAGGGUGCUCGGGGAGAAGGCCAGGCGCGCCGUGGAGAAGGGCGGGUCCUCGUACGAUGACGUCGGGCGGCUGAUGGACGAGCUGAUGGCUCGCAGGGGCCUCACCAAUGUCUGAUUGGUGGAAGCACGUCGAAAGUGGAAGGUUGGGAUUCAGUGGCGUAUACGAAUCUGAAUAUGGUUACUAGUCACUGACUAGAGUCGUAAAGUUCGUGCCAUCGUGUGAAAAGGAAAAGUAUUUCGUUGAGUUGUUUGGAGAGUUUGGAGCCAGCUGCCUAGGUUGUAUCCAACGUUCAUGAUGGCUAA